AAACUAUUAAGAGACCCGGAAAUACAACGUAAUAAAGCAAAAUAUGGGUUAAUCAUCCGAAAAGUCAUUGCCUGUAUGACGCUAGGUAUGGACGUUUCUUCCCUAUUUGGCGAGAUGACGAUGGCUGCAGCAACUGAUGAUUUAAUCCAAAAAAAACUGGUUUACAUGUACAUUUGUCGUUACGUUGAUCGCUUCCCAGAUUUAGCAGUCUUAACAAUUAAUACUUUACAGAAAGACUGCAAGGAUAACAGUGCCAUUGUCAGAAGCUUAGCUCUUCGAAGUCUUUGCUCACUAAGGCUAUCAAAUUUAAUUGAAUAUAUACGAGAACCUUUAUUAAAUGGCUUGACUGAUGACAACUACUACGUUAGAAAGACGGCUGUAAUGGGCUGUGCUAGUAUAUCUCAAUUUUCACCCAAAUUGAUUAAAGAUUUAGGAAUAAUAGAUAAGUUAUACGCAAUGCUUAACGAUCCUCAUCCAUUAGUUAUCUCUAAUUGCGUUGUGGCGCUGGAUGAAAUUAUGGUGGAGGAAGGCGGCAUUGCAAUCAAUAGAAAUAUUGCAAAUUAUUUACUAAAUAAUUUAAGGCACUUUAACGAAUGGAGCCAAUGUUAUAUCCUCGACAUAUUAAAUCGUUAUAAACCAAGCAGCGAAGAAGAAAUUUGUGAUAUUUUAAAUCUAAUUGACGAUCGGCUACAACAGGGCAAUAGUGGAGUCGUAUUUUCAGCAGCUAAACUAUUUUUAACGUUAACAGAGUAUUUUAAAGACAUUCGUGAUCAUGUAUUUCGUCGAUUAAAAGAACCUAUCUUAACUGUAAUAUCAGCUGGUCGUCCAGAGCUCGCUCAUGUCUGUUUAAAGCAUAUCGAACUUUUACUCAAUCAAUCCCCGCAGUUAUUCAGCAAUAAUUGCGAUAGCUUUUUCUUCAGGUAUAACGAUCCGAAUUAUAUCAAAUUACAAAAAUUAAAUAUUUUAAGAAAGAUUACUACACCGAAUAAUGCAAAUAACGUCAUCAACGAAUUAAGCUCCUAUAUUACCGACAUUGAUAUUACAAUUGCACGUGAAGCAAUCAUUUGCAUGGGUCAAAUUGCUUUACAAGUAACUGAAUGCUGUGAAUACUGCAUACAAAAGUUGCUGUCUUUACUUUCACUAGAAAUUGAUUUUGUAACAUCUCAUACCUUACGAGUAAUUAAAGAUAUACUAAGAAAAUAUCCAUGGCUAGGCGAUAUGGUUGCCCCAGAAAUAGAUCAACUGGAUGAUAUAUCGCAAGAUCCUGAUGGAAAAUGCGCUUUGAUCUGGAUGUUAGGUGAACUUGGAGAGAUAAUAGAAAAGAGUCCGUAUUUACUAGAAGAGAUUAUAGAAAAUGUUGAAGAAGAAAGUUCCUCGGUAGUUAAGUUACACUUAAUGACAGCAGCCAUGAAAUUGUUUUUUAAAAGACCGCCGGAAUGUAUUGCUUUGCUCGGUAGAUUGCUCGAACAUAUUAUAAACGAAGAAUCUGACGUGGAUGUUCGUGACCGAGGAUUAUUUUAUUACAGGCUUCUAAACCAUGACAUCAACAAGGUUACAUAA